GCAAUCAGCUGUUGUUGGUUAUUUGACUUUCCUGUUAACCUUAGUAUCGUCUCUUGAUUUGAUUGUGCUUUUAAUAAGCUACCAUAAUAUUCAUAUGCCCCCGAAAAGUACACUCAGAAUAACAAGGCAGUUCGAAGGGCUGCAGACUAAGUGAUCGAUGGUAAGGGAUCGAUAGUUCAACCCAUUAUAUUAACUAGGAGCUCAAAAAUAAGCGUGUCCGCUGGGCUGUCCCAGCUGCGCAUAAAACGAGGUACGUUUCGAUCAGACAACAUUUUCUCCCCAGCAUGUUGCGCAUCAUGUUCCGGCAUAUGUGCCAGAACAGACUCUGCAGACAUUUUUCAAGCUUCAGUAUGUCGUUAAUUUCAACACGUAGGACAAAAGUGUCCAUGGAACCAAACUUUUUACACGAAUUGUUUCCCAGCUACAGUGCCCGGUCAGCGAUAUCUAACAGUGUGUUAAUUAUUUUCGUUCUUGCCGUCAUCCCUACUAGCCAGUCCACAAACAUUGUACAUAUAACAUGUACAGGUUACCCAAACUUGCAAGGAUGGAAUAUUACGCCAGGAUACAAACAUUUUCAAAAAGUGUUCAGGAUUAUCCUACAGCGAUUAUCUAGAAAGGCAUUUCAAAAAUCCCCAAGAUAAUACAGGGUGUUAGACUUAAUACCUGGAUAGACAUCUAUAGUAAUUUUGCAUACUUGGACAGGCCUUAGAUAUAGUGAAAAGGUAUGCAUUUUUGAACGCAUUUCUUCAAUUUCGUAAUAGUGGGAUGCAGCUAGUUGACUCAGAUAAUUCAAGGAAUGGGCAUACUAGGUAGCAACUGAAGACUAUCACAUAUGUAUAUUCUUACAAGAAUUUCAGUACCUCUGCCUAUUAAAGAGGUCGAGGUCCAGGUUGCCAUACAUUAAUUUUUUUAGACACAAUACAUAACUGUCAUCUCAGCAACUACUAAACAAUAUUCAGAAGUAUGUAAGUAUAUCCAAAUAUGUAGUAAAUGUCUAAGUGUCAAUGAAAAAAGCAACUUUGUAACCUAAAGGUCGUUAUGCGAACACCAAGUAUAAUCUUUACUAUAUUUGAUAGGUAGAAAAGUUGUAGGAUAAUUCUGAAUAGUUUUGGAAAAGGUCUGUGUCCAUGUUCUCCAUACAUGCAAGCUCGGGCCUCUCUGUAUAUAAAUGUUGCAGAACCGGCCAGUAAAUAAAUAUCUAACAACAACUAGAUGCCUGUUACUGAGCCUGCAGUACUCUGUAAUAGGGUACGGAUUCCUCAAUUCAGAUCAGGUACAUUUGCUGUUGUUUGUUUGUUCGACGUAUUGAGAUUUACUGCAUACUAAAUUAAAAGAAAAAUAGCC